GCAAACAUGUCUAAGAACCUAAUAAAAUUUAUAUUCUCAUUAUUUCGUAAAUAAAAUAACUUUAUAAAAUCAUAUGGGAAAGACACAUAUGCAUUAAUUACAGGAUCAUCAGAUGGAAUAGGUAAAUAAUUUGCCAUAGAAAUGGCAAAAUCAGGAAUGAAUUUGAUAUUAAUAGCUAGAAAUGAGUAAAAAUUAAAUAAUGUAAAAAAUUGAAAUAUAAUCUAAAUUUCCAAAAAUAUAAAUUAAAGUUGUAGUAGCGAAUUUCCAAAAUGUUCUUCAAUAAGAUUUUUUUUAAAAUAUUUUUUCAUAAAUUGAAAAUUUAGAAGUUUCGAUGAUAAUAAAUAAUGUAGGAGUUGAUUAUUUAAGUCAUUUUGAUAAAAUACCAUAUUAAAUCAUUUUUGAUUUGAUAAAAAUAAAUAUAAUUUCUACAGUGAUUAUUACUAGGCAUUUUUUACCCAAAUUCGAGAAAAAAUAUUCAUAAACAAGAAUUAAAUCUGCUAUUUUGAAUGUAGGUUCAUUUGCUGGCGUACUUCCUUGCGUUUAUUUUAAUGUAUACGGUGCUACUAAGGCUUUUAUUAAUCUAUUUACUCAAACAAUUGCUUCUGAGUAUCCAUUUAUUGAUAUUAUGUGCCUUAAUCCUAGUGAAGUUAGUACUAAUAUGAUUGGAAAUAGACCUACUGACUUAAUGACUAUCGAUAGUAAUGAUUGUGCUAAAUGGGCUUUGAAAGAUUUAGGAAAAGAAGUAGUUUCAGCCGGGCAUUGGAAUCAUAAAAUUUAAACAGUACUUUAUUUAUGGAUUCCUUAUUCAAUAUAUAAUUAUAUAUUGAAAAAUUUUAUAUCAGUAGAAUGGUUAAAAAAAGAGAAGAAUUUUUAAAAUGAAAAAAAUAAAUAUGGAUUUAAAUUUGUUUUUAUAUUAUAUAAAUUAUCUAUAGUAAAAUAAUCAUAUAAUAUAUAUUAAUGUUCUUUUAUAAUAAAGAAUUACAAAUUCAUAUAAAUUAAAUUU